AUGCUAGACUUUGAAGCUGGUGAAGCAGUACUUUGUUUCCAUGGACCAUUGCUUUAUGAAGCCAAGGUUCUUGCUGCAGAGCUGUUUACCGAUAAGGAAGGAUUUCCAGACGGACCUCAUUAUCUGAUUCAUUACCGGGGAUGGAAGGCAUCAUGGGAUGAAUGGGUUCCACCCAGCCGAGUACUUAAAAAUGAUGCUGAUGGUCUUCAGCGCCAGGCAGAACUCCGAUUUUCCCAGGCCACCAAAAAAAAUGCAGCCAAAUCGGCACAGAAACCUUCACCGACAUCAGUAACUGAUACAGGCUCUUCAUCUCAACUAAAAAAGCGUCGCAGAGAUUCGAUUGUUGAAAAGGAAGAGAUAUAUAUGAAAAGACCAGAAAUCCGCAUUCCAAUUCCUGACCCUCUCAAGACUCAGCUUGUAGAAGAUUGGGAGUUGAUUACCAAAUCACUCAAGCUUGUUCCUCUUCCUCGAAAAAUUACAGUCGCAAAUAUACUUGACGAGUUUUUGGAUACCAUUCGCAAAACAAUAAAAUCCAAAGGCAGUCGCGAAAGGCAAGUUUUUCUAGAUUUGUCUUUUAAAGAAGUUGUCGAAGGACUCAAGCGAUAUUUUGAUGCGGCGCUUGGAAAUAUUCUUCUCUAUCGGUUUGAGCGCCAACAAUAUGUAGAUAUUUUGAAGCGAAUGCCAGGCGUUCCAAUGUCACAGAUCUAUGGUCCUGAGCAUCUGCUUCGUAUAUUCACUCAACUUCCUGCUUUGGUUGCACACUCUAGUAUGGAUCAGGAUGCCAUUAAUAUUCUCAAGGACCACUUUGCUCAAGUGUUGGCCUACUUACAAAAGCACCAGGACAGAAUUUUUCUUCAGGAUUAUGAAGCCACUACUCCCGAGUACAUGGCAUCAAUCCGCCCAUGA